GUCGCCGCCCCCACAGGAGGAGCCGGGCCGGCCGCGGGCUCCACAGCGCCGGGGCCCGGGGCCCGUGACAGACGGGCCUAGGAAGGGAAGAGGCGGCGGCGGCGCAGGCGACGGGGAGGCAGCGGCGGCGGCGGCGACACCAUGUCAUCCCCCAGCCCGGGCAAGAGGCGGAUGGACACGGACGUGGUCAAGCUCAUUGAGAGCAAACACGAAGUCACAAUCCUAGGAGGACUCAACGAAUUCGUAGUGAAGUUUUAUGGACCACAGGGAACACCGUAUGAAGGUGGCGUGUGGAAAGUUAGAGUGGAUCUUCCUGAUAAAUACCCUUUCAAAUCCCCAUCUAUAGGAUUCAUGAAUAAAAUUUUCCAUCCCAACAUUGAUGAAGCGUCAGGAACUGUGUGUCUAGAUGUAAUUAAUCAAACUUGGACAGCUUUGUAUGAUCUUACCAAUAUAUUUGAGUCGUUCCUGCCCCAGUUGCUGGCCUAUCCAAACCCCAUAGAUCCUCUAAAUGGUGAUGCUGCAGCCAUGUACCUUCAUCGACCAGAAGAAUACAAACAGAAAAUUAAAGAAUACAUUCAGAAAUAUGCAACAGAAGAAGCACUGAAGGAACAGGAAGAGGGCACUGGAGACAGCUCGUCGGAGAGUUCUAUGUCUGACUUUUCGGAAGACGAGGCGCAAGACAUGGAGUUGUAGUAGAAAAGGCUACCUGCUUUUCAGAAAGACUAUUAUUUCCUAACCAUGAGAAGCAGACUAUAAUAUUCAUAUUUAAACAAAGCAAUUUUUUUUAUUACUAAACAAGGUUUUUAUGAAUAAUAGCAUUGAUAUAUAUAUAUUAUAUAUCACCCUUUAGAUCUUGAUUUCUUGGUCAUUUCUCAACCUGAGGUGCAUAGCAUAUUCCCACAUUCCAUUUUGGUAGCAAUAUGCAGCCCGAAUGCAUGCAUUCAUAAGUCCAUUUGGCCAAGUCAACUUGUACGCUACUGAGCUGUCAACGAAAUAGCUGCUCUGAUAGGUAGACGUGAAGACAAAACAAUACUGCUUCCUUUAUUGGUGGUUCCAAAGAAACAAACCAAACCAAACCAAACCAACCCACCCUUGGACAUUAAGAUAGACUAGAGCUUGUUCAAAGUAAAGAGGAAAGACUUGGGGAGGGAGAAGGCCUGAUGUGAGCGUGCUUAGAGAGCCAACAACCCAGUAGCAGUGCUGCUCCUUUCCAUUAAUGUUGGAGACACCGUAACCCGAGCACAGGGAGCUGUCUAUCUGGAGUAUUGACGCUUAAAGGAGGGUGUUUUGACUUGGAUUUUAAGUACUUUUUUAUAUGUGGAUUCCUGCCCUUCAAGCUACAGGGCCCUGCAACCACGGGUGUAUUUGCUUUGGGGACCUUUUGAAAUCCUUUUUCUGGACUUGACUCAUUUUCUUGGUCUGGAUUCUGAGCCCCAUCCCUUUUGUGGGCAGAGGGGGAAGAGGAGGGAAAUGACACGGAUAGUGCUUCAGUUCAUUCAGAGCACAUGCAAAAUUAGACUCUACUUCUUUGCCAGUUUGAGACUGCUACCCUUGACUGAGAGCUUUAACCUUGCUCUUUCGUGCUUGAACUGUGUUUAGAUAUACUUUGUACCUUCAUCUACCAGGAGAGGGUCUCUCAUCAUCAAAGCGAGUCAUUAUGCUGAGCAUUAGACCUGGGAAGACUGGGCCAAUGGCCACGAAUACUUCGGCACUCUCAUUUCAUCUGUUGUCUUUUUUUUCCCCCCUUCUUCUGCCACCCCUUGGCAGCGGCUUGGUUUACUGUCUGCUCCUAGGAGGGGGAGAGGAUAUUGCAGACCCCAACACACAUUCAGAAUUCUAACAGAAGACAAAUUUGAGCAAAUAAAGGUUAUUCCACCCAAAGUGAUUAUACAUGGGGAAAACAAGUGCAACUUUCUUCAGAUAUAGUUGAAGGACUCUUAUGAAGGGGGAGGGAGGGAAAAGGGGGGAGGAGAAUGAAAUAUCUUCUGAUGUAGUAGAACAGGUUUUGAAGGUGGAUUUUUUUUCCCCCCUGUUAAUAUUAAGAGGGAAUUAGACACUUUAAAAUGCCCGCCAAUCAGAUGUAAACUCAGUAAGCUACAUGUCCAGAGGUUGCCUACAAAGUUUCUUUCAGAUCUUAAAUAUUGCCUGCUGUAUUUUAGGGAGUUUUGUGAAGAUUAUUUAGACAGCCAGAAAUGUUUUGAUGAUUCUUCUUCUUCUUCUUCUCCUCCUCCUCCUCCUCCUCCUCCUUCUUCUUCUUCUUUUUUUUUUUUUUGGUGUGUGCAACCAGUAAGGACUGUGGCAGAAUUAGCCAAUUUCAAGACACUUUAAAAAAGAAUGUUUUGAAUGUUCCACAGGGCUCAUUUGGUAGAUUAAAAAAAAAAAUUCUGAAAUGCAUUUUUAAAUUUAGAAGUUCCACAAGGUUUGAGUCAAUGAGGUUGGAAGAUAGCCUAUCUUUUUUUUUUUAAUUCAAAAAGCACAAUCAAUCUCUUUUCCUUUGAAAAAUCUAUAUAAAGUACAACUUGCUUUAGCAUGAUUAUUUUCCUAAAUAAAAAGACAUACAACGAAUUUAUUUUACAUUAAUUACGGGCAUGACGCAAAAGGUUUUCUUUCCUUUUUAUUUCCUUAAAAUAAAAAAAGUGCAGUUAUGUAGGGCUGUGGUUAGUUACCGUGCUGAAGUUCUCUAUCUAGCAUUUGUGGCUUGUUGGAAGGGUAGUAUUAACUAUUUAACCUGUAAUGGUGUACUUUAACUCUUAUCUAGCACGUUGUAUUCUCAUUACUUUGGGGGAGGGAGGGUAUCUCUGCUGGCACUGUCUAACUUGCUUACCUGCUGAAUUAGCAGUUUGCUUGUGCUAUAACCUUUACUGUAGGUGCUAUUUAGGGGUAGGCUUCAAGUGCUGGGGUGGUGAUUUCAGUUAAAACAAUAAAAAAUUGUAUUUUUUCAAUAUUGUAUAAACAAUAGUGUUCUAAUUACCUUAAAUUUAUUUCCAGGUAACUAUUGUUUUUAAUCUAGUUAAUAACCAGGUUGCCAGUCCAUAACCAGGUUUUGGGGGCAUGUGAACCCGUGUACAUCUUGUCUCCAUGACCAAGGCCCAUUUCUUUAAUUAAACAGACAAGCCAACAAUUCCUUCUACUCUAAAGCACCAGCAUCAGAGGUUUUUAUAGUACAGGGUGCUCUCAUAAAGUGAGACUCGUUCUGGAGACCGUAAGCCAAUCUGAGCAUUGCGUGUGCGUGUGUGUGUGUGUGUGUGUGUGUGUGUGUGUGUGUGUGUGUGUGUAUUCGAGCUUGUGCAGGUGUGUCUGUUAGCUUUCAGAGCCUCUUGCCAUUGCUAAACAAAUGACACGGUGUCCUUCCAGGCUAUACACAUUAAUCCUUUCUGAGGGACUAGCUGUGGAUCUGUGCAUGUUUUCUUGACUCUAGAUGGGACAUUUUCUUUUUAUGUGGAAACUGGUUUUCUACACGUCAAACAAGACCCCCUGAUUAGCAUUUCUUGUGCCCAAUCUUUGCCCCUUCUGUUAAAACUGAAGGAGGUUCCGGUAGGUAAUGAGGUCCAUAGUUGACCCCAAGUAGUAGAGGAGCUCUCUGUAUUUCAAAGGAAUCCAGUGCCUCCUUCCAUUCUCUCUCUCUCCUCUUCCCCCCCCCCCCCCCCCAUGGCUGGGAGAGUAAGCCAAAUUAGAUUUUUCCUACACUAACCAGCUCUGUCUAUAAUCCAAACCAUACCUGGUUUCCGCCUCCUGCUGCUGAGACUAGUAACCAGUAUCCCCAAAGAAGACUGGCUACAGGUAUUUAGGCAAAUAAAUAGCAAUGGCAAUUUGCUUUUCUUUUUUCAGUUCAAGCAGUACCUGUACUUUCUGAAAUCCUAUCUUGUGGUUUUAUAGCACCAUGCCAUUCUCUGCCCCUGUUCAUAUGACUGAUCUUAAGCUCUGGCCAAAUACCAACAAGCAAGAUAGUCUUCACCCAGCAGCAUUCGAUCCGCUCUCUACUGGCACUCAAUGGAUUCUUGAACACCAGAGCCUUGUUAGAGGCUAGUGUGGGUAGUAGUAGAUGACCUAGAAACAGGCACUUUGGUUUGUGUCCUUGAGUGUCCCCCUCCCCCACCUACCCCGCUUUGAGGUCACCCUGGCAUCUUAUACCUUGGAGAUGGAUGAUCAUCAGAAGUUGCCAUAUCUGGCCAGGACCUAACAAUUUUCUUUCCACUUAAAAAUAAGCUUUUCUAAUUGCCAACAGGUUGAUAUAAACUCAGAGAAGUGUUUAACUUCAGAAAGGGAGUUUAAUCUCAACAAAUUCCAGGAACCUCUCAAUUCUGUUUUGUGUCCCAUGUUUGAUUUGUAUUAAGCCUCCUACUUGUGAUGACUGGAAAAAAAAGUAAAAGGAGGCAGCAGCCUCUGUUAAUCCUUAUGGGUGAGAUUUCUAGCCACAGUUCAGGAAUUGACUUCUAACUUGACUAAAAUGGUCUGUGAACCUUGUGAGUCUCAUGGACUCAUCCAGUAAGGUUAAAAAGGCAAAAAAAAUCACUGAGCAAAGUUAGCAGGGUUUGUGUGUUGUGUGCGUGUGUGCGCGCGUCGUGUGUGUUUUUUAAUCAGCACCCUGAAACCAGUUCCCUGAAAUCAACUUAGUUCAGAUUUAUAGGAGGGCAGCAAGCAUUUCCCUCAUCUUAACCCAUGUUCAUUUUCCCCCUGGUCAUGUGGAACAUUCACAGAGGAUUCUGGAAGGCAAUGGAUUUCUCACUGGAGUCUGUCUUAUAGAAGGGUGUUUCAGGGGAUGUGGAAAUAAUGAGCAGCAUUUUGCUAUGUGAGGAUUCUCCACCAUCACUAUAUGCCACUUGAGGGCAGGGACCUGCUUUUGGGCUUGCCUCAGUAGAGCAGAACCUUUGGCAGGUCUGUAGGCAUCAUGGGAAAUGGCCAUCAUUUACUGACUGUAUUUGGUACAUAUUGUGUGAUACUUGAAGAGAUGAAAGGGGCUUCCAAGCCCUUCAUUGGAGUCUAAGAUUUUUUAUCUUUUUUUUUUUCUCCUUCCCCCUCCCCACCUUUUUUUUUUCUUGCAUUGUGAUGAUGUAGUGGGCACAUCUGUCAACAGGACGAAUGCCUCUUCUCUAAGACUAUAACCUCUCAAAUAGUUGUGUAUAAUGAAAGAAUUGUAAACUUUUUUAAAUAAAAUGUAUAUACCUUGG